UCUAUUCAAAACUCACUAACUUUCCAUUUAUUAAUUCCCCUUUUAUUAAAUUUCCAAGACGGACUUGAAACCAUUUCCUUAACCAAAAUUAAUACAUUGAAUUUUGCAAAUAAAAAAAGUCAAUAAUUAAUUGUAUUCCCCAUAUUUCAUUGAAAUUCCAUUUAUUUCGCAAGUAUUUUCUACUUUAUUUUCCUGCUUUCCUCCUUUUCCUGCAAAACCCUAAUUUCACCACCCCCGAAGAUUUCUGAAACCAAAGAAAAUUUUGUUAUUUUUAUUUUUAUUUUUAAAGAAAAUGAGUUCCACCAUUGAAGCUCUGUGCAUGCUCUGCAAUGGCCGUGUGUGAAGCGUCGGGCAGUGUUUGUUUGCUUGUUUGAGCGGUUAUACCCAUAAAAGAUGUCUUUUUGCCUUUGAUUGUGAUCUUUGUACGUCCAAUUCAGUGUCUGCAAUAUUCCGGAUUAAGAAAUUCGACGUGGGUAAUUUUUCUGGGUCUCAAGUUGUUGAGCUUUUAACUGGCCUGAUUUUUUGGGGGUAUUAAAUUUUAAAAAAACGAUCUUUCUUUCAUUUCUGCUUUAAUUUCACGUGGUGUUCUUGAAUAUUUCUGGGUUUGAGGGCUUGAGCUGUUAACUGGCCGGAUUAUUAAGUUUUAUUGUAUCUACGGGCUUUCUCUAAUUUUUGCUUUGAUUUGACGUGUGUUUCCUUUAAUUUUUCUGGGUUUUCAGUGCUUGAGCUUUUAGCUUGUCUGUUUUUUCAAGGGUAGGCUUUUGAUUUUCAUUUUCAGCUCGGGUUUAAGGGUUUUCGAAUUUUUUGGAUUUACUUCUAUGAAUGGAGGGAGAAGCAGGGAUUAACAGUUAUGGGGUUACAAAAAAGGGGGAAGAAGCUCCAGGGAGCUUCCACGUGGCACCGAGGAUCGAAACCCCGACCCAAUUAACCGGAUCAACGGUGGCGCCCAGGAUCGAAACCCCCACCCAAUUAACCGGAUCAACGGUGGCGCCCAGGAUCGAAACCCCCACCCAAUUAACCGGAUCAACGGCUGCAGUGACAGCGGCCACACCGGUAAGUGUGGUGCCGGCGCCAGUUGCUGUGGCAGCUCCACCAGUUGGUAGUGGUACAAAGGGGAAGAAGAAGAGGGGGAGGCCAAGGAAAUAUGCACCAGAUGGGUCAGUUCUAGCAUUAUCACCAAUGCCGAUAUCAGCUUCUAUUCCGUUGACUGGGGAUUACUCAGCUUGGAAACAAGGUAGAGGGCGGCCUGUUGACUCAUUCAAGAAGAAACAUAAAUUGGAGUUUGAGAGUCCAGGUGGGCAUGUAGCCUACUCUGUUGGUGCAAAUUUCACACCUCAUGUGAUCACUAUUAAUGCUGGCGAGGAUGUCAAUAUGAAGAUCAUUUCAUUUUCCCAACAAGGAUCUAGAGCUAUUUGCGUUCUCUCAGCAAAUGGUGCAAUUUCCAAUGUUACGCUUCGACAGCCUAAUUCUUCUGGAGGUACUUUGACAUAUGAGGGUCGUUUCGAGAUACUUUCCUUGACUGGAUCUUUUAUGCCUACUGAUAGCGGUGGAACAAAAAGCAUAUCCGGUGGGAUGAGUGUUUCUUUGGCAGGCCCUGAUGGUCGUGUUUUGGGGGGAGGACUUGCUGGUCUUUUAAUAGCUGCUGGCCCUAUUCAGGUUGUAGUUGGCAGUUUUCUAUCGGGUCAUCAGCAGGAGCAAGAGCAGAAGCCCAAGAAGCAGAAGUUUGAGCGCACGCUGAUUUUUUCCCCUACCGCUGCUAAUCAUAACUCUGGGCAAGCAAUAGAAGGAGGCUACGCGGCUACUCCAAUCCCAAUCCCAAUCCGAGUUCCAAGUAAUUUGUCCACUGAAAAAGAAUUAUCCUUCUCCCGAGCAGAACCUAAAGACCCAAGCGGACAAAAUUGUGAGGUUUCUUGCUAAUUAUGUAUGCGCCGUGUAACUUGUUUGUAAUCCUCCCGUUGUCUAACCCCUUACCUGAUAACCACAUCAACAAUUGUUAUUGGGUAGUUAUUUUCGCACUCCUUUUUUUGAUAUCUGCACUUCUGUAGUUGUUUUUAUUCAUGUGGAUUGUGGAUUAACAACAUUGCCACUAACUUGUUCACUUUUUCACAUGAAUAAGGCAAAGGUGUGGAUAAUAAAAAGAGGAAUGCAAGAAUCGAUUUCCUUGUUAUUUCAGGAAAAUGUAGGGCUUAACUUGAGUCGGAGUUUUAAACUGGAGUUGUAUUCGUAGGAAGUAGUAUAGGGAGGUCGUCAUCGGCGAAUGUUAGCCGGUGCUCGUGUGGUUUGUUGAUGUAGGAUUUUUAUGUGUAUGAUGUACCUUGACUGUCAUUCUUCUGACUUUUCUGUAACUGAUAGGUUUGAUGUUUAAUUGGAUUCUGUUAUGUCUA